AUGGCUCUGAACACACUGCUGGCCACCUUGUUGUGCACCAUCGUGCUCCCCGUCCUGCUCUUUCUGGUGGCGGUGAAGCUGUGGGAGGUUUACAUGAUCCGAGGCAGAGACCCGAGCUGCCCCAGCCCGCUGCCCCCGGGAUCCAUGGGCUUACCUUUCAUUGGAGAGACGCUGCAGCUUAUCCUCCAGAGGAGAAAGUUUCUGCGGAUGAAGCGGCAGAAAUACGGCUACAUCUACCGCACGCACCUCUUCGGGAACCCCACGGUGCGCUUAACGGGAGCGGAUAACGUCAGGCAGAUUUUGCUCGGGGAGCACAAGCUCGUGUCCGUGCAGUGGCCCGCGUCUGUGCGCACCAUCCUGGGCUCGGACACGCUGUCCAACGUACACGGAUCCCUGCACAAGACCAAGAAAAAGGCCAUCAUGCGGGCCUUCUCCAGGGAGGCUCUGGAGCUUUACAUCCCCGUCAUCCAGGAGGAGGUGCGGGCUUCAGUAAAGGAGUGGCUGACGAGGGACUCUUGCGUGCUGGUCUACCCAGAGAUGAAGCGGCUUAUGUUCCGCAUAGCCAUGAGGAUCCUGCUGGGCUUUGAGCCGGAGCAGAUCAAGACUGAUGAGCAGCAGCUGGUGGAGGCUUUCGAGGAAAUGAUCAAGAAUCUGUUUUCCCUGCCCAUCGACGUGCCCUUCAGUGGACUGUACAGGGGUCUGAAGGCGAGGAACUUCAUCCACUCCAAGAUAGAGGAGAACAUCAAGAAGAAGGUGCAGGAGUCCGACAGGGGGUCCAGUCACAGGGACGCUCUGCAGCAGCUAAUAGACAGCAGCAAGAAGAAUGGAGAGCCGUUCAGCAUGCAGGCCAUUAAGGAGUCUGCUACAGAGCUGUUGUUCGGGGGCCAUGAAACCACAGCCAGCACAGCCACCUCUCUGAUCAUGUUCCUGGGCCUGAACCCUGAGGUUGUGGACAGACUGAGGCAGGAACUAAUGGACAAGGAGGAGCAGGGGAUGGACUUCCAGAACCUGAACAUCGAGUGCUUGGAGCAGUUAAAAUACACCAGCUGUGUCAUUAAAGAGACUUUGAGGAUCAACCCUCCUGUCCCCGGAGGCUUCAGAGUGGCCCUCAAGACCUUUGAACUAAAUGGUUACCAAAUUCCCAAAGGCUGGAAUGUCAUCUACAGUAUCUGCGACACCCAUGAUGUGGCAGAGAUCUUCCCCAACAAGGAGGACUUCCAACCGGAACGCUUCAUGACCAAAAUCUCAACCGACUCCUCCAGGUUCCAGUACAUCCCGUUCGGGGGCGGCUCCAGGAUGUGCGUGGGGAAGGAAUUUGCCAAAGUCCUGCUGAAGAUCUUCCUGGUGGAAGUGGUCACAAAGUGUCACUGGACUCUUUUAAACGGGCCGCCCACCAUGAAAACAGGACCUACUGUCUAUCCUGUGGACAAUCUGCCAACCAAGUUUACCAGCUAUGUACAGAAUUAAACUGAGGUGACGAGCGGUUGUUUCUGAAGAGCAGCGUGUGAAAUUUGAGGUUUCUCGAAUUGUGUGUUUUGUGGAAGCACU